UUUUUAUUUUAUUUUUUUAAUUUAUAAAGGAGAGAGAAACACAGAAAUCUGUCCAUUUCCAUAGCCAUAGGAGAUUGGAAGGAGAAGGCAAGAUGGAAGCAUUGACCACAGAUUUAGAAGACUUUGAAAAAUCCGAAACAGCCUCGUCUGUAGAGAUUUCUUAUUUGAUAUCUUCUUCUCUUGUUUGAUAUAAGCAGCCCCAACAGUUCCUCUUUUCUCUUAUUGUACUUCUUUUUCUUCAAAGGUUGCAUCUUUCGGCCACAAGAAACCAACCCAGAUCAGUUUUAGACUCAAUUCUGUGGAAUUUUGCGGUUGACAAUCUCUUUGGAGUUUUGAUUCAUAUAAAUAUAACAAACUACGUACUUGAGAGGAGUCUUGGUAUCUUUACAGCAAUCCAGAUUGAGAUUUUUGUAUACAGUAAGGAGGCCCAAGAAAAUAUCUUGGGGGAGUUCAGGUUUUCAAGUUUUUAAGGCUUCUGGAGAUGGCUGCUGUCCAAGAUCAGUUGGAGAUCAAGUUUCGAUUGACUGACGGAUCAGAUAUUGGUCCUAAAACCUUUCCUGCUGCUACUAGUGUUGCAACCUUGAAGGAAAGUGUUCUUGCUCAGUGGCCUCAAGAGAAGGAGAAUGGUCCAAGGACAGUGAAAGACGUCAAGUUAAUUAGUGCAGGAAAAAUUUUAGAGAACAACAAAACACUGGGAGAGUGUCAGAGCCCUCUUUGUGAUAUUCCUGGUGGAGUGACGACAAUGCAUGUUGUUGUUCAACCUCCUUCUUUGGAGAAAGAAAAGAAAGCAACAAGCCAACCAAAGCAGAACAAAUGUGUUUGUGUGAUAUUAUAAUCCACAGCUUGAAGUUUGGAUGACAUCAUUUUCAGAUGAAGAGUUCUGGAACUGGUAUAGAAAAUGAAGUCGGGGACUAUCUGAUCGAUGAAGGCGGUUGGCAUCAUGCACAUUUAUUAUAUGGGUCAUGUUUUUUUUUUGCUGGUCUACACCUUAUUUGUGUAUUAGAUGAUUGUCCAUCCAUUUUGUUCACAUUGUUCUUUUCACAUUAAUUAGACUUUGCUAUCAAGCAAUUAAAUCUCUGAUUUUAUGUCCAAAUAUGUCUCAUCCAAUGAAUUUUCCACAUUUUUAUGUUCUGAAUUCGCCUUUGCAUGUAUAAUAUCAUUUUUGUUGUCGUGUAAUUUGACCUGAGAGCUACAGAUUAGAGUUUGGAACCUAAUUUUCGUGUAAAACACUAAAAUAACCAUAUCACAAUUUGUGUCGGGAAACAAAUUUUUUCAGGAUUGCUGCUUUAUGGCCUCAUUUUCACUCUGGAUAUUCCCAGAAUAUGGAGUAGUUUAGUUCAGCGUG